AGGGUUUCGAACGCAAACUUAACGCCCUUCCUGUUUUCAAAAAUACAAUGAAAGCAAACUUAUUUCUUCUUUUUGCCACAGGUGUUGCUGCUAAUAUAGCUAGCAUACCUCAAUGCGCUCAAUCAUGCCUUAAUAAAGCUGCACCUACAGUUGGUUGUUCUGCUAAUAACUAUGGUUGCUUGUGCAAUCAAAUUUCGAAAAUCCAAGGGCCUGUUGUUUCAUGUGUUAUCUCUACCUGCAGCUCUGGCGAUAUUGCUAUAUCUACUUCCCUUGUGAAACAGAUAUGUGGUUAAAUAUAUAACAAGAACUUUUUGGUUAAUGGAGUAAUAGGCUAGUAUAAAAGCCUUGUAGUAGAGAAAUAGAAAAAAGAAAGAAUAAAAACAGCAAGGGCAU